AUGACGUCCAACGGUGAUACGCACAUGCCUCCGCGCGGCGCUUCGCCCCCCAUCGGCUCGCCGCGGUCCCUGUCCGUCUCGCUACAGGCCGCCGCUACCCUCAACGCCGGCAUCCAGCGUGAGCACGAUGCUCCUCGUCAACCGACGCAAGCCUCCCAACCGCACGGCUCCCAGUCGCCUUCCGGCCGGAGACGAUCUGCCGUGCUCAUGAACCUCCACCUCAACGACCCUGCCUCUUCCCGGCCCCGGCGAGAUGGGUGGCCGAAGAACAGCCCGGGCGGCGACCCCCAUCACAAUCGCGCACCCAGCCUCGGCGAGCUCCACCAGGAGCUCGAGGCCGAGCAGGAAGCUCAAGUGAACCGGCUGCUGCACACCAUUAGAGAGCAGCAGCUCCAGCUCCAGCAGCUGCGCGAGGGCGGCCCCGAUGCGUCAGCCGCUGAUGACUCGGCCAUCGCCUCGGAACGCUCCCAGCACGGCACCCCUACCACGCAGCACGCCGCGCUGGCCCAGACGACGCCCGUCCCGCCCGUCCCCACCGGCGGCUCCUUCUCGCGGUCUCCAGGCAUCGCCCACCACCCCCGCAGCUCCUUUGACAUGGCGAGGGCCGAUCUGCGUCGUCGAUCCAGGACUCCGAGCCGCGGGCCCUCGCCCCGACUCAGGGCGACCUCGAUCAGCGGCGAGAGUGAUCAGCUGGGACUGGGCGGCCGCGAUGAGAAUGCCUUUUACCAGGCCGAAACCCAGACGCUUGUGCGGGAGAACCAGAUGCUGCGACAUCGCAUUCGAGACCUAGAACGUCAACUCGCAGAUGCCACCCCCGGCAGUCCCAGCCUCGGCAACCCCAACGAACCAGCCCAGCCGUCGAAUCUGACGCGCGCUACGUCCAUUGACGAAGAGAAACCUACGGCCUCCAUCUCCGAGACGGUCGCGGCGGGGGAUACGCCAAAGCAGUAGGCGGGCUGCGCGCGAGCUGAAUCACUCGGACAUGAUAGCAAAGAGAAAGCAUCCAUUGGGCGUUUGGGGGUCGGUUAUUUUCCUUGCGUAAGAAUCACAAAAUCCAUGGAGUCAGGCAGGGGGGACGUCGCAAAACAUGGGCGCGGCGUUGGGCUGCCCACACGUCAGGACACAUGGGGCAUUUACUUUGCUGUAUGCGUUAUUGCCAUUAUUUCGAGCCUUGGCCGUCAUGCAGUGUUCGCCGUUGCUUGUUCGUACCGGAAUCUGUUGAGGGUGGUAUGAGGGAACCCAAUGGUGGGAUGGAGGCUGGACUGGAGCAUGUUACAUUUCCAUGCCCCCUUCUCGGAACGAGUGCAUGUUGGGACGGUCAACCGAGACAGCAGCAUCUUGAUGAUUCAUGUGGACUCGUAUAUUGCACAAACGACUACAUGGUAUCGGACAGGCUCAUGACCCGCCAAAGCAAACAACAUGAAGCAGUGAUAAGA